AAAAAAGGCAGAGUCUAACUCUAUAGAUCAUUAUUCUUCUUCAAAAAUGUCUGCUACUACUACUACCACCAAAAUGCACUAUGUUCGCCUCGGAAACACUGGUUUAAAGGUUUCUCGUAUCUGUCUUGGCUGUAUGUCUUAUGGUAACUCUAAAUGGAGUCCUUGGGUCAAGGAUGAAGCUGAAGCUGUUGCUGAUAUCAAGGAAGCCUACAACUUGGGCAUCAACUUUUUCGAUACUGCCAACACUUACUCCAACGGCGAUAGUGAAAAAAUUCUCGGUAAAGCCUUAAAGGAACUCAAUGCCCCUCGAAGCCGUGUUGUUAUUGCUACCAAGGUCUUUGGUCCUGUCUAUGACGAUACUGGUAAAUCUGAUCGUAGCACUCUUCAGACAGACCCUGAUAUGAUUAAUCGAUUUGGUCUCUCUCGCAAGCAUAUCUUUGAUGCUGUUGAUGCUUCCUUGGAACGUCUUGGUGUAAACUAUAUUGAUUUAUACCAAAUUCAUCGUUUUGAUCCUAACACGCCUAUUGAAGAAACCAUGGAAGCCUUGAAUGACUUGGUGCGCUCCGGCAAGGUUCGUUACAUUGGUGCUUCCUCUAUGGCCACUUGGCAAUUCGCUAAAAUGAACCACGUCGCUGAAAAGAGAGGUUGGGCUCAAUUCGUCUCCAUGCAAAACUUGUACAACUUGCUCUACAGAGAAGAAGAAAGAGAGAUGGCUCCUUACUGUUCUGACAGUGGUAUUGCUUGGAUCCCUUGGUCUCCUCUUGCUAUGGGUCAACUCACAGGUAAAAAGAGAGAAACCACAAGAAGCGGCUCUCGUUUUGUUAUGUCCAUGUUCCCCACCACACAAGCUGAAAGCAACAAUACUAUCAUUGACCGCGUUGAAGAACUUGCCAAAAAGUACAAUGCUACCUGUGCUCAAAUUGCUUUGGCAUGGGAGUUCACCAAGCCUUAUGUCAGCAGUCCUAUUGUGGGUGUUAGCAAAAUUGAACAACUUUACGACCUUGUUGGCUCUUUGGAUAUCAAGCUUACAGAAGAAGAUGUCAAGUACUUGGAAGAACCUUACACUCCCAGAGGUGUCAUUCUUUAAUUGAUUAUAUUGUAAAAUCUAGAAUACCUUUUUCAUUGUGUUUCUCAAUAAACAAAAAAGACCUGUAGCCUAUUGAAGGUGCAACUUGAGUAUGAUUAUUUAAGAAAUAAA